ACAGAGACCUAUUUUCGAAGCCACUGUGUAGUUACGAAGCAAAUCGACAGUAUCGAGAAUAUUCUCGAAACUUCUGGUCGCUUCGGUGUGCUCUUCGGUGCCUAUAAACGUACACACGCAGGCUCACUCGACUGCCGCCGGACGAUGUCUUCUCAUUCGAGUUUCUACCAAGGAACGAAACGGAUAUCGCCGUUAAAAAUAAGAAACCCCAGCAUUCUGCCAUCACAAAUCAUGCCAUCUCCAACGGGAGCACCGUUCAAUUUUGCCGAAAUGCCUUGGUCGUACGGAGUGAAGCCAGGGCAAGUGAUGGAGUUUAACGCCGUAAUCCGUCCCAGUCCGAUCACCGUUCCGUUAGGGCCAUCCUCGCCUUUGUAUACGAUGCCACCCCCAAGUGGUCCCAGGACGGUCCCGUACAUCCCAAACCUGCUGCAUCCCCCUCCGCUGACCCCGGAAGCUCGAAAAAGAAAAACCGAACUUCACAUGGAACCGAAUAUGCUACAACCAUCGAAACAGUUUGUCACCGAGGAAAUUAUGUCGUCGCAUUUCAAGAAUCUGCAUUUGUCCACUGAAUACACAGCACAUGACAUCAAUAGAGUUCAAAGUCACGUAUCAACUUCUGCCACAUUUGGACAGGGCGGAAACAUGAUGCUCGGCGACACAACCGGCGAAGACCUGGACAAAUUACAACCGUAUCACGUGUGCAUGUCGCCACAGGAACUGGAGGAACGGUUAAAGAAAGCACAACGCAUUGCCAUCUGCGAGGAGGUGCGAAAGCUCGAGAACCGCGCAGAAAUACUUCCGCAGGUGCUGCUCCAGCGCCUCGAAAAGCCAUGCACUGCGUUGAUGAUCUGGCAGCCACCCCAGGACCGCCUGGACAAACUGCUUACGUCCGUAACGGAACAGAUGGAAAAGAGGGAAAAAACUGAACGAUCGGCGGAGAAAAAGAACGUUGAUGGUGCCGCCGCAAUGAUGUCAAUGGACGACGAACCGCUACCCGAUCUUCCCGAUUAUGAUGAAGAUUUGGAUUUCGAACCGAACGUUCCGUCGUCGUCGGCAACUCCCAGCAGCAGCAAUGCAGUUUUCGUGCCCGACCUAGCGACCAUGGACGUGGAAAUGUAGUUUUAGGUUAGUUUUAGACACCGAACUCGAGCCGGUGCAAAUGCGUGUGUUCCACCAAGUGUGAAUGACUGGAGAAUGCGAAUGUCUUUAAUGUUGUCUCAAUUUCACUGCUACUACUGUAUAGUGUCCUGCCU